UGUUUUUUCUUUUUUUUUCUUUUUUUUUUUUCUUUCUUUCUUUUUAACUCUUCCCCCCCUGGAUACAUUUACGGUAGUUCUUUCUUUCUGUCUGUCUUUAUACAUCUUGAUAUUAGUUUAGUUAUCUAUUGGGGUUGAUCAAUUUGAUGAAAAUAAACACUAUUUUAUCCUUCGAAAACAACAAGAGCAACAAGAUCAAUAUAAACCUGUCAUUACCAAUACCUUAAAUCAUUCUUCUUUCGAUCAAUCAUUUUAUAUGGAUACCACUUCUUCUUCGCCUUUGAUCCCAGUUUCUCUUUCUUCUGGUGAAUCAAAAUCUACCUAUCGACAAGAACUUUAUUGGCUUUUAAAGAAUGCUCUUCCUUUGGUCAUCAGUUACCUCUUACAAAACAGUCUUCAAAGUGUCUCUGUUAUCAGUGCUGGUCAUUUGGGAUCAACUGAAUUGGCAGCUGCUUCAUUAGCAUCCAUGUUUGUGACAGUGACGGGUUUGUCGACCGUGAUGGGCACGACAUUAUGUCUAGAUACACUUUGUUCUCAAGCAUAUACGAGCCGAGAUUGUGAUAAACGCGUGGUAGGACUUCAUGUACAACGGUGUUUGGUAUUCUUGUCUCUCCUUUUCAUCCCCAUCAUGACCCUUUGGUGGUAUGCCCAAGAAGUGUUCCUCUUACUUCGACAAGAUCCUGAUGUGGCCUACCUAUCUGGUAGAUUUGUACAAUGGAUGAUCCUGGCCCUACCUGCCUUUGCCUUGUUUGAAUCCCUCAAAAAAAUGUUGCAAGCUCAAGGUCUGUUCCGUGCUCCGACGUAUGUUUUAUUUGUUGGUGCUCCUUUCAAUGUCCUGGCAAGUUAUACCCUGGUGUGGCAUACAUCUUUAGGUUUUAUCGGCGCCCCCAUUGCUGCUGUACUUACUUACUGGCUUUUGGUAUUGCUCCUGGUAGUUUAUAUUAUUCAUGUGGAUGGGUCUCAAGUAUGGCCGAAAUGGCAAUGGUAUCGUACGCAUCGUGUAGGCGGUGUAUUGGAUCGACAUGCCUAUGGACCUAUGCUCAAACUGGCUGUUCCUGGCAUCUUAUUGAUAUGUAGUGAAAACUGGGCAUAUGAAAUCAUUGCAUUGGCUUCAAGUUGGAUUGAUACCAGUGGAACGACAAGUCAAGGCGCUCAAUCAGUCAUCAUCACGUCCGUCGCCAUGUUAUACACCAUCCCUUUUGGUGUGGGGAUCUCUGCAGCAAAUAGAGUAGGAAAUGCAUUAGGUGCUCAACGACCAAAACAAGCAGCGAUGGCAUCCAAGGUAGCAUUAGCGGCAGCAUGUGUAGUAGCUUCGAUCAACGCUUCCAUGUUGGUUUUCUUCCGGCAUCAAUGGGGUUAUCUAUUCACGGAUGAUGAAGACGUUGUGAUGGCAGUAAGUAAGGUUUUGCCUAUUGUUGCCGUCUUUAUAUUUGGAGACAACAUGGCUGGUAUUGCGGAUGGUAUUCUGAAUGGACAAGGUCGACAACAUGUGGGUGCUUGGUUCAAUUUGGCCGCUUAUUAUCUUUCGUCCUUGCCUUUGGGUUUUUAUCUCUGCUUUUCCAUAGGUUUGGGUUUGGCUGGAAUCUGGAUUGGCUUGAUGAUUUCUUUAUUGGCGGUUGCUAUUGCUACCAUGUUUGUCGUAUGGCGCUCGGAUUGGCCUCAACAAGCUGAAAUUGCAAGACUUCGUGCUACACCACCACAAUAUACAGGACUUCCGGUACAUUCAUCACAACAACAAGGAGGAGAUUAUCCUGGAAAUCAAGGUGGUAGUACUAUGGGCCGUGAUGCUCUGGUCUACGAUCCCACGACAGGUCAACCCAUGUUAUCCAGCCUCACCGUCCAACGUCACCAGAUAGAGACUUCCCUUGGUCCCGUUUGUCCUCAAGAUCGUGGCUAUCAUUCUUUACGCAUGCACUAUACAACGAAAUCUCUCUUGUUUGCUAUUCUCAUCAUUCCAUAUUGUUGUGGUUAUCGUGGUCGUCGUGUGUGUCAAUGUACAAAGUGUAAUCAAAAAUUUCCUUCUAUUAUAUUGCCGGAACCCUGAUAUGUUGCCAUGGAUUUUUUUUUUUGUUGUUUAGUUAGUUCUUAUUUGUGUAUCCAAUAAAGUUAUUCCUUUUACUUUUA